AUGUUCCAGCAGCCCCCCCUGCCCUGCACUCAGUGGGGCUGUGUUGGGGGCUGGGGCUCCAUCUGUCCCCCCUUCUCUCUCAUUCUCUCUGUUCUGUUGCUGAUUUUUGCCCUCCCGCAGAUUUUCCGCUCGCUGCCGCCGGGUUACAACAUCCCCAAGGCCGUCCUGGAGCAGAGCCUGGCGCUCAUGGCCGACGACCCACUGCAGUUUGUGGGUAAAUGUGGGGACAGCGGCGGCGGCUCCUACAGCGUCAACCUGCACCGUGCGCUGCGCUGCAUGGCCACAGCAACGCUGGAGUCCGUCGUGGAGGAGAGGUUUGGUUCUCGCUGUGGCCGCAUUUUCCGGCUCCUGCUGCGGAAGCAGCACCUGGAGCAGAAGCAGGUGGAGGAUUUCGCCAUGAUCCCGGCCAAGGAGGCCAAGGAGAUGCUGUACAAGAUGCUGUCCGAGAACUUCGUGUCACUGCAGGAGAUCCCCCGGACCCCCGACCACGCUCCAUCGCGCACCUUCUACCUCUACACCGUCAAUGUCCCGGCCGUGGCGCGGAUGCUGCUGCAGCGCUGCUACAAGAGUGUGGCCAACCUGAUGGAGCGACGGCAGCACGAGACCAGGGAGAACAAGUGAGUGCGGAUGGGGGGGUCCAUAGUUUGGGGUGGGGAGGG